CCGCCCUUCCCCCCUUGGUCCUGCCUUUUACCGGGCGGCCUCACUCAAGAUGGCGGCAGCGUCUGGUCCUUACGUUACCAAGCGCGGAGGCUGCUGGGAACAAUAACAACACCGCUUCCGUGAUGGCUGCCGUCGGGGCUCCUGGUGUCGUGGCACUGGAGCGGAUCGUGGGGGCCCUGAAGAUGCUGCUAAGCCCCGGAGGAUCAGAUUCCAGUUCACUACAGAACACCAAACAUGAUGUUCUGUUGGAUACUUUAAAAUCUAACUUGUCAGCUUUGGAUGAAAAAUUUAAGAAGGAUCCUGAGUGGAAGGAGCUGAAGAACCUGCAAGAUGUAAUUGCCUCUGGGGCAGAAUGGCUGCAGAACUCUAUGGAUGUUACCUGGAGUUUUACUUCUCAACUUUUAGUGUUACUAUUGUGUCUAAAACAAAGCAUGAUUCUGCUAGCAGCCAAUUUCCAACCAUCUGAGCCAAAUCCUAGAACUGCAGAAGCGGCCCCUGUCCUAAGUCCUGAUACACUUAGUAUAUCUCAGCAGAAAACUGUUCAAUCAGCUUUGCAAUUUGUGGUUACCCUAGGGAUCUGUCCCUUUCUUUUGCCUGGUGUUGGAAUCCCUCUGCGACGUCGGACAGAAUUUGGUGCAGUUAUUCAAGACAUUGUCUCUUUUUCUGCUGCUCCCAGUGCAGUUCACAGACUGUACACAAGCUGCAUCGUACUGCUGGAUGUUGCAAAACAUGUGUCCCUGGGCAGCCUGAUUCUCAGUCAUCACCUUGGAGACAUUGCAGCAGGGCUGUGCCAGCUAGGAUUCUGCCCCAUGAAAAAGAAAGAUGAAUUAGCAAAACCUCUGAAAGAAGGUCUAAAGGAAGAAGAGAGGACCCAAGCCAGAAAAGCCUUGCAGAGCAUUUUAGAUCAAGUCUACCAACCCCUGGUUGUUCGGGAGUUGAUUAUCCUCCAGGGAGGACCUCAACAGACAUGCUCAGAUGUGAAAGCAGUGCCUAGUGCUCGGACCCCAGCCUGGCUUCGACGUCUUUGUGGGCAGCUGCUUUCAGAAAGAUUGAUGAGACCUCAUGGUGUUCAGGCUGUGGUCCGGGGCAUCCUGGAAGGAGCUGGUGCUGGAGCAGCUGGUGGUGCUGGUGCUGAAGCUGUUGCUGCUGACUGGAGGAAGUGUGACAUGGUGGCUAAGAUUCUGGCCUCCUGCCCCCAACAAUCCCUUUCCUUAGAAGAUUACUAUCAGCAGAUCUGCCCUCAGAUUCUAGAUUUAUUGCACAUUCGGGAUAAAUUAGUAGCCCGGCAGUUUCAGAGAGUUGCUACUACUACCUUCUUGACCAUGACAAGAGAACACCCUCAGCUGGCCAUGAAACACUUGCUUCAGCCAAUGUUAGAGCCGGUUCAUCGAUGUUCCAGUACAACAGAGCUAUCAGCCAAGCAGGAAUUACUACCAGGGACCAUUGUGGUAAAAGAGGAAGAACUUAGUUGCUGUUUGGAAGAUGUGUUUAAGGUAUUUGUGGUUGGGAACGAGCCUGGAGCAGCCUUGCUGGAGUCCUUGCGUCCAGUGCUGGGGAUUAUUUUUUCUCUCUAUUGCUUUACUCGGCAGAAUGUCUCUCCUUUAAGGUCUUUCUGCCAAGAGAUCUUGUUGUGGAUGCUGGAGAAGCUAGAGAGAAAGGCAGCUCUGGCUGCUCUGAAAGGAUUGGCAGGUCUGGAUAAGUCGAUGCCGUCUCUCCAUCCGCUGUGUGAAUUCAGAGCUGCCAGUCAAGGCAGUACGAUGGUAACCAUCAAAGAAACAACUAGUGACGAGGAUGAAGUUUUGUAUCAGAAAGUAGCCUCAGAGCAGGGCCAGAUGGAAUUUUUAGUGGACCUGCUGUCCCAGCGUCAAGAGUGUGGCCUGGCCGGGGACUUCUUUGUCUGCUGUUUAGAGGAGCUAACUCAGAUAGCGGUGGAAAAGAAAGACAAGAUCCCCCCCAGCCCCAUCUCCCCCACAAGCCUCUUGGCCCUGGAAGAAUACCAAAGUUUCCUUAUUGAAGAGCAAGAGAACAAGCUGCUUCUCUUGCAAAUGGUAGCCAUCCUGUGUGAGAGAAUGUCUGAGACUGUUUUCACCAGCAUCACCCAGGUGGUAGAAUUUGUAGCCGCAACACUGAAGCGAGCAUGUGUCAGCUUAACCCAAGAGGCAGAGAGUUCUGUGGAAGCACAGACUUUGAGUAUGUCAAUGGGACUGGUGGCUGCCAUUUUGGGAGGGGCUGUUCAGUUGAAAUCAAGUGACUUUGAUGUCCUGAAGAAGUUGGUACCUCUCUUAGAAGAGGUCUCUUGUACGUACCCAGAACCUGUCAUUCAAGAACUCGCUGCUGAUCUCCGCAUAACUAUCUGUACCCAUGGUGCCUUCUCCACUGAUGCAGUCAGUGUGGCUGCCCAAGCUACCAUGAAGAAAAAAGAGCCAAGAGGGGACAAGAUGGAGGGACAGCUUCAUUCCAAAUCUCAAAGAAGUUCUGAGACUGAUGUGGUCCAGACCCAUUCAGGCCAGCAACCCCUGUGUGGGAAAGCCAGCUACACAGAGAGCUCCUCUGCUGCACCACCCAUGCCCCCUCAGGUCCAAGAAGUCCCGAGGCAGCAGUGCCUCUUGGCCAAGAAUACUGCUUCAAACCAGAGUCCUAUAGGUACAACCCUAGAACAGUUUCAAGAGGUUCUCUUGUCAGCCUAUGACCCUGAAAUUCCAACACGGGCUGCUGCCUUGAGGACUCUUUCCUGCUGGAUAGAACAAAGAACUCCCCAGGCACUUAGGACCCAGGAGAAGCUUCUGAAGGUAUUCUUAGAGAACAUGGAGCACGAAGAUACUUUUGUGUAUUUGUCUGCAAUUCAGGGUGUUGCCCUGCUGGCAGAUGUAUAUCCUGAGGAAAUCCUUCCAUCUCUGCUGGCACAGUAUGGGAAUAGCACCAACAAGCUCCCUCCCGAGACCAGAAUGAAAGUUGGAGAAGCACUGAUGAGGAUUGUUCGAGCUCUAGGAGACAUGGUCUCCAAGUACCGAGAGCCUUUGAUUCACACCUUCCUGAGGGGAGCGAAGGAUCCCGACGGCAGCCACCGGGCCAGCAGCUUGUCCAACCUUGGGGAACUCUGCCAGAGGCUCCACUUCCUCGUGGGCCCCGUGCUUCAUGAGGUGACUUCGUGCCUGAUUGCUGUGGCGAAGACAGACCCAGAGGCCCAAGUUCGCCAAGCUGCCGUCCACGUCGUCGUGCUUCUGCUGCGAGGGCUCAGCCAGAAAGCCACCGAACUCCGAGAUCACCUGGAGGACGAGGUUCCUAGAGGAACGUUCCCUGAGGGAGGCAUCCGGAACAAGCGGGCCUCAGCCUCUGAAGCAUGAGCUUUGUGACUCCUCUUCUUGACUCAACUUUUCGUGCUGAUUCACUGAAAAACCCACUGGGGCCAUUUCCUUUUGAGAUGCUGCCGAUAUCUGUCAGACCAAGGUGUGGUUGAUGGGAUUUUAUGGGACUGUUUUAAGGGAGCUGUUUGCCCAGGAGGGAUCCUUCCCUAGCUCCCUGGCAAAGGAGAAAGAAAGGUUAGAGAAUUAUGCUGGAAUAUAUACUGCCAGGAACUUUAGAAAUCAUCAAAUUCAGCUUUACAGAAGACCAAACAGCCCCUAAAAAGUUAAAUAACAGCAGCUAAUAAUACUAGUUAAUAUUCACAUAAUGCUUUAAGGUUUGCAAAGCUCUUUUGAUCUCAUUUGUUUCUCACCAUAAGCCUAUGAACUAGGUACUGAUAUUAACCCCAUUUUAUAGAUGAAGAAAAUGAAGCCAAGAAAAGUUAAGUGACUUAGCCAGGACCACACAGCUUGCAUCUGAGGCAGUAUUCAAACUCUGGUCCUCUUGACUCCAACUCUAGUACUCUAUCCUCUGUCCUCCCUAACUGCCUAAAUGACUUGUUCAAAUUCCACAAACUGUUAUUAAGUGAUCCUCAUGUGUCGUACACAAGAGAUACAGUGACAGAAACAAGAGUCCUUGCCCUCAAGGAGCUUACAGGGAUACACUGUGUUCACACAUAUUUUGAGGUGGGGAAUCACACUUUUAUCUGGAGAAAGAAGGAGAACCUUCAUAGGUGGCAGAAGAGACUUCUGAGCUCAGAAUCACACAUCUAGUAAGUGUCUGAGGAUGAGUUUAAACAUAAACUUCCUAAUUCCAGGCCCAGUAGUCUCUCAUGCACCACCAGCUACCCUUCAUAGAGGCAUGUAUGUGUCAGUUCACAGAAGCAGACCUAACACGUUGAGUUUAGGAAACAGGUAAUAAUCUCUAAGAUUCUACCUCAUAUCCAUCAGAUUGAAGAAAUGGGCAAAAAAGGAAAAUGUCCCAUGAUGGAGAGGCUUCAGGAAAACAGGCAUAUGCAUUGUGAGUGGAGUUGCAAAUUGCUCCAUCCAUUCUAGAAAGCAGUUUUGGAAUUAUAGCCCAAAAAGUAACUAUACGUCAUAACCUUUGACUCGGCAAUAGUACUACUAGAACUGUAUCCCAAAAAGAUUUUUUUAUAUUUAUUGGCAUGCAAAACGCACUUCCAUAUUGGUCAUUGUUGUAAGAGCAAAGUCAUACAUAACCAAAACCCCAGAAUAAAACCAUAAAUACACUGAUGUGAAAGAUGACUCCAACCAUUCUUUCUCUGGAGGUGGAGAGCCUUUCCUAUCAUUAGUCUUUCAGGAUUGUCCCAGAUCAUUGCAUUGCUGAGAGUAGCUGAGUUUUCACAGAUAAUUAUCAUCCAAUAUUGCUAUUACCAUGUACAAUGUUCUCCUGGUUCUGCUUAUUUCACUCUGCAUACGUUCAUGCAGAUCUUUCCAGCUUUUUCUGAAAUCACCCUGCUUAUCAUUUCUUUUAGCAUAAUAGUAUUCCAUUACCAACAUGUGCCACAAUUUAUUCAAUCAUUCCCCAGCUGAGGGACAUACCCUUAAUUUCCAAUUCUUUGCCACCACCACAAAAAAAGCAGCUAUCAAUAUUUUUGUACAAGUAAGUCCUUAGCCUUUUUUUAUCUCUUUGUGAUACAGACCCAGUAGUGGUAUUACCAGAUCAAAAGGCAUACAGUUUUAUAGCCCUUUGGAUAUAUUUCCAAAUUGCCCUCCAAGAAUGUAUGGAUCAGUUCACAACUCCACCAGUAAUGCAUUAGCGUCCCAAUUUUGCCACAUCCCCUCCAACAUUUACCACUUUACUGCCAUAUUGGCCAAUCUGAUAGGUGUGAGAUGGUAUCUCAGUGCUGCUUUAAUUUGCAUUUCCCUAAUGAAGAGUGAUUUGGAACAUUUUUUAUAUGAUUAUUGAUGGCUUUGAUGUCUUUAUUCGACAAUUGCUCAUUUAUAUCCCCAAAGAUAUUUUUUUAAAAAGGAAAAGAACCCAUGUGUACACAAAAUAUUGAUGGCAAUUCUUUUUGUCAUGGCAAAAAACUGGAAUCUAAAGGGGUGUCCAUCAAUUAGAGAUUGAUUAAAAAUAUUAUGGUAGAUGAAUGUGAUAGAAUAAUAUUGUGCCAUGAGAAAUACUGAAAGGGAAGACUUCAAAUAAACCUAGGAAGACUUCUAUGAACUGAUACAGGAUAAAGUGAAUAGAACCAGGAGAACAAUUUACACAAAUGUCAACAAUAUUGUAGAAAUGAACAACUUUGAACAACCAAUCAAGAUUCCAGAGGACUGAUGAUAAAAGAACGUUUUCCUGACAGAAUGGACUCAGGGUAGAGAAUGAGAUGUACAUUUUGAGGCAUGGCUAUUAUAGGAAUUUGUUUUGCUUAACUUUGUAUAUGUGUUGCAAAGGCUUUGUUUUAUCUUUGUUCCCCCAGGGGAAAGAAAAUUAAUGCCAUUGAUGUUUUUUUAAAACGGUAAUAGACCUUUUGACUGAAAUGUAGAGUAUAGAAAGAAAAAUACUGUGAAAUAAGGCUGGAAAGAAAGAUGAGUGUGUGCCAAAUUGUAAAGGACUUUCAAUCUGAGAAAGAGAAGUUACCAUAUUGUUCCAAAAGCGGAAAAAAAAAAUUGAACAGGUUGACUAAAGCCAUGCUUCAGGAAUAUUACUUGGACAGCUCUAAGGAAGAUUUGGAAAGAGGAGAAAAUGGACACAGAGAAGCCAAUUAAGGGACUCCAUGUUAGGGCUCACAUUAUGGCGGACACUGUAUGAAUAGGGAAUGGGCACUGAGAGGAGGCACACUGCGGAAGCAAAAUCAGCAGGUCUUGGCAGCUCUUGUUGCGCGUGGGAGUUAAGGGAGGAAGAUAAGUCAAGGAUGACUCGGAAGUUACUAACCUGGAUGAUGGGGAGGGUGUUGAUAUACGAGAGGAAGAUUUAAUGGAGUACGUGAUGAGUUCUGUUGUGAACAUGUUGAGUUUGAGAUGCCUGUAGUCCAUCCAGGUGGAGAGUAUGGCUAGAGCGCACAAGAGAUAAAAUCAGGGCUGGCUGUGGCAGUUGUGGAAAUGAUAGUAGAAUCUAUGGAAACAGAUGAGAUCACCAAGAGAGAAAAUAUAGAGAAGAGAGCCAGGAUAAAGCCUUGGGAGGGGUGGCAUUGAUGCCUAUGGAUGAUGAACCAACAAAGAUACCAGGAGAUGAGAAGAAUCGGGAGAGAACAAGGUCAUAGUAGCCAAGGACUGUGGGGUCACAGAUUUAAAGCUAGAAGAGACCUUAAACAUCAUCUAGUCUGAAUCUUCAUUUUAUAGAUGAGGAAGCUGAUACCUGAAGAGUUGAAAUUUGUCCCAGGUCUCCCCAGUAAUCAGCAGCAAAGAUAAGGUUUGUACCCAGAUCCUCUGAGUCUGGAUACAGCUCACAAAUCCAAAAGGAAAUGAAAAAUGAUGUCAAGAGCUACAGAGAAGACAAGGAGGAUGAAGUCCAAGAAAAGCCAUAUUGGUUUAGCAAUUAAGAGUUCAUUAGGAGUAGCUGGGUGGCUGGGGUAUUAUUAUAUUAUAGGAGAGUCAGAGCUUAGAGACAGGAAAUCCUGAGUUCAAAUCUGUCCUAGUUGUGGGACCCUGGGCAAGUCACUUAACUCCCAUUGUCUAGCCCUUACCACACUUCUGCUUUGGAACCAAUACUUAGUAGAAUUCUUAGAUGAAAGGUGAUUCUUAGAUGCAAGGUAAGGGUUUGGUUUUGGUUUUUUUUAAGAGUUCAUGAGUAGUUUUUGAGAUCCAUUCAUCAUAGUGGUGCCGUCAGAAGCCAGAUUUCUAGGCACUGAGAAAUGGGAGGGAGAUGCAGAAAUGGAGGCACCAAAGUGUACACUUUUCUUUUAUUUAAGAGUUUGGUAGAAACUUCCAGAGAAAGACUUUCUGAGGUAGAUAGUGUGAAGGGCAAAGGUAGAUUCAAGAAGAGUCUGAGAUUAGUUUAUGAGAUUAGCUGGGAGGGGGGGGGCUAUAUCUCUUCCCCCAAAGUCUGAUAUCUGAAGAACAACUGUUGCUUCUGAGCCUGAGAUCUGACUCGCUGUGGUAGUUCCUGGAUUCUUUUAUGAAAUGUGGAGACAGAGCCAGGAGGCAGAAUGCAAAGCUGUGUAUUGCUGCCCUCGAGCCUUUGGGGCAACGCUGUUUGUGGGUUUAGAGCCAGCCAGCACGCUGGCUGAGUUAGGCCAGCCCUGAUCCCUCUGCCUCAUCACCAUCCCAUGGACACCGAGCAGAUGUCUUCCUCUUCCCUCCUGCCCCUUCUCAGCAUCUCCUGCCUAUGGGGGUUUCACCCCAUGGGGGCUCCCUCACUCAGUGGGAUUCCCCCCCUGCCUCUGGGGGCGAGGGCACAGACAUCUGGCUGCCUCUGAAAGGCAAGGGUGUCAUCCCGAGGAACAAAAGGAUUUGGGAAGGAGAGAACUUUCACCUGGGGGAAGUGGAGGCUCCCUGACCCCGGAGUUGCCCAAGCCCACAGAAGGGAGCAUAAUCUUGAUCUCAUUAACGGGCAGGUUGCCAACAGUUCCUAUGGGGUAGAGUGGGCACAGAGGAACUCUAAUGUCUGGGCUCAUUAGUCCAUAGAUGUUUCAAGACAUAAGACUGAGUGCCCAGACCUUAGGGGGCAGAAGGAGAGAGACAGAAUGAACAAACUGCCCCCCUUAAUGAAGUUUUGAGCUAUGUGAGACCUUAGUGCCUUUGCCAAAGCCACAGUAGCAAAAGCCCCCUGCCUGCUUUUCCAAUUGACUUCCCAUCUGGUCCCUAUCUAAAGUUAUGAGCUGUGCGAACUUCAUCAAGGAAAGGAAACGGGAAGGGAUGACUGAAGGACCCUCUUCCUGGUGCCUCCUUGAGGGCAGGUGUGUUAAAUCUCCUAAUCGCAGGUAUGUUUACCAUCAGGGCACUUUAAUGAGAAGCGGAGAUAACCACAAAGCUUUCAAUCUGGGAUUGGCUCUCAACUCUUCUGUUUUGCCCUUGGGAACAGCUGAAACAAAAAUGCCCCUUUGAUGAUGGAGGUUUUUCCCUAAUCGCUGGUCUCUCCUCCAUAAAGCACUGCACAAUAAUAGAGGGUUUCACUGUGUUCCAUGUUUGUCAGAUGUCUGCCAAGCACCUUUGUUGCUCUGUAGUCUUGGAAAGGAGAUGGAGGGACCAGUCAAGAAUUACAGAGAAUUUGAAGGAGCCACUCCUCAGAAAUAUAGAGACUGGUUAGGGGAGGGAGGAUAUAAAUUCCCCCGAACUACCAGCAUGUGCCAGCCUCCUCUCCUCAGGAUGGCAGGGUGCUCUCAAUUAUUCAUACAUAGAGAUUUGUGGAAAAUUUUUGUUCAGCAUCUUGUUGACCAGAUUACCUGUUCUGCUUACCUAAGUAUUUUGGGGACGCCAGUGUUUCUAUUUACUCUUAUUCCCACAUUUGGUCUGCAGCGCAACAGGAACUAGAAAGAUUUUGGAACACCUUCUCUUUCCCUUAGAUGAAGGACAAUUUAAAUAAUGGCAAGUGUAGAAAAACUGCUGUGUUUUUGUAGUAGCAAAAUAUGUGUGCCCAGCUAUCGGGAAAGCGAUGAGCAAAUCCCAGCACGUGAAUGUAUUGAGCAUGACAGGGCUCCAGACAGGGGAUAGGAGGAAUUCAGGGAGACAGGAGCGGUGCUCAGUGAAGUAAGAAGAGAGCAGGAAGACAAAGUUAUAGGGACAAAGCUUGUAGAUUCAGGAAGGGUCCUCCCUCCCUUCUCUUCAGAAGGAGGGGACUGGGCAUGUCUGACUGUUUGACAGGAUGGUUAGUUUGGGCUGGACUGAGCUUUUUUCUUUUUCUUUAUUUUUUCCUUUCUUAUUAGGGGUGGCCCUCUGCAUGGGGAAGGGGAGAGGGAUAUACUGGGGAAAUGAAACUGAUGUAAAAACAAAAGAUAGCAAUAGAAAUUCCUGGCUUAAAAAAAGGAAGAACUACUCUGGUCAAGAUAGUGCUUCAGGAUUGAAACUAUCUUGCCUUAGCAUGGAGUAAGAGUCAGACAGUUGUUGAAGGGAGAAACAGUAUAGUGGUAAGGUCAUUUACUCUAGAAUCGGAGGGCCUGAGUUCCAAUCCCUCAGCAGGCCACUUAACUUUUCUUAGCAACAGUGGUCUCAUCUGUAAAAUGAGGGGAUUAGACCAGAUGGUUUCUGAGCUUCCUUUGAGCUGAUAUUGGCUGAGGAUCUUGAAAAUGGGGCUUUUACACUUUGUUUGAUGUUAUGAACUUCCCCAAACUUCUUUAUUCAGACAGGACAGAAAUAUCUUUCAGAGAACAAUAUAAGUAAAUUAAGUUGAUCUAUUGUUUCAGACUAUCUUGGCCAUUCUCUUCCCUCUGAAAAUGUAUCACUGAGGGGAAGCUAGGUAGCACAACGGAUAGAUCACGAGGCCUGAAGUCAGGAGGACCUGGGAUCAAAUUUGGCCUCCAAAACUUACUAGUUGUGUGACCCUAUGCCAGUCACUAAACUCCAGUUGCCUAGCCCUUGGUGCUCUUCUGUCUUAGAAAUGAUACUAAGGCAGAAGGGAAGGAUUUAAAAAAAGAAAAAGAAAGUUGACUUCCCUUAGGAGCUAUGAAGAUCUUCAGAACUUGGCCCAUGCAUUUGUAGUGGCUGCCUCUCCAUGUUUUCCACCACAAUACCUUCUUUCUUUAUUAACAGUGAAAGAUAUUUCUAGUGCAUGCCUUUAUUCUGUACCCAAAUGUGAAAUAAAAUCUGAAUUGUCAUCUUUACUUUUUAAAA